AUGACAAAGCGUAUUCCUACUGCUCCCCGCCGACCCAACCUACGCAUGAAUGCUGUUCUUAAUAGCACAAUUGCAGGUGUUGUUGCUCCAAUUGAUACACCAACUCCAGAAGUAGCAGUUGACACAGCCCCUGAAGUUCAAGUCGCUGUGACCCCAAUGGAUCACGUCCUUACCUUGUUGGCAGCCAACAAUGUGUCGAUGCAAUCCUUGCAAGAAAAUGCAAAAGGAGUGACUGAUGCAAUAACUCAUUUGAAGAAUGGCCUGGAUUUGUCCAACAAGACAAAUGAAUUUUUGAAGAACUCGGUCCUUCAGCUCAUGACUGAAAAUGCUGAAAUAAAAAAGGCAAUGACCAGCCAAAAUUCCGUGAUGCCUUCUGCUGUACCAGCGGAUUCUUCUUCUUCCAUGGAUGAUGAUCUUGACCUUGGAGCGAAACAUCAUCCCUUGAUUUCUUUACAUCAAGAAACCGAACUUUGUUAG